AUGCGCGGCCGCCUGUGGCUGGGGCUGGCGUGGCUGCUGCUGGCUCGGGCGCCGGGCGCCGCGGGGACCCCGGGCGGCCCGCGGAGGCCGCGCAGCUACCCGCACCUGGAGGGCGACGUGCGCUGGCGGCGCCUCUUCUCGUCCACCCGCUUCUUCCUGCGCGUGGACCCCGGCGGCCGCGUGCAGGGCACCCGCUGGCGCCACGGCGCGGACAGCAUCAUCGAGAUCCGCUCCAUCCGCGUGGGCGUCGUGGCCCUCAAGGCUGUGCACACCGGCUUCUACGUGGCCAUGAACCGCGGGGGGCACCCGUACGGGUCGCGGGUCUACACUGCCCACUGCAGGUUCCAGGAGCGCAUCGAGGAGAACGGCUACAACACGUACGCCUCGCUCCGCUGGCGCCACCGCGGUCGGCCCAUGUUCCUGGCGCUGGACGGGCAGGGGGCCCCGCGGCGUGGUGGCCGAACACAGCGGCACCACCUGUCCACCCACUUCCUGCCCGUCCUGGUCUCCUGAGGCCGCCAGGGCUUCCACGAGGGGUCUGAGCCGUGUGGCCCGGGGCGCGGCCCAGCACGUCGGGUCACUCCCCGUUUCCAAGCACUCCCGGGGCGUCCGCCGCGUGCCGGGCCGGGCACCUGCCUGCCUGAGCCCCGGGAGCUCCUGAGUCUGGGGACAGGCGGACGCCGAGCUGAGCAGAGGCCACAGGUGUCCAGUCACAAGUGGGGGGCACGGACGCCCCAGAAACGCUCCACCCGGGCCAGAGCCUGAAGGAUGUGGCCAGGGGUCGGUCCCCAGGAGGGCUGGGACGCGGCCGAGGUGGCUGGGAGGUGGGAACCCGUUGGGGUGUUGGAGGCUGGGGGAGGGGCAGCACGGACGUGCCACGGGGUGACAGGUCUCCACCCUGGUUCCGGGAGGUGAGGGUGACCUGGGGUCCUGGGGGUCCCCCCAAGAGGCAGGGGGGGAGCCCCAGACACAGGCAGACCCCGCACUGCUGGCGGUGAGGAGGGGCCACGGGCCGGGGAGGGGGCACCCCUGGAAGGUGGGGGGCAGGGGGGUCUCCCUGGGGGUGACCAGUCCUGCGUACCCCUGGGUUUUAGGACUUCUGAGGCCAUCAGAGCACCCGCGUGAGCGGUGGCAUCCCACCGGAGCACACACGUGCACACACACGUGCACGCAGGUCUCUAGCAGCUCCGGUGGUGACCAU